AUGUCAUUGUCCAGCAACAGUCCUGACGCUGUCCCUGGAGAAGAGUACGAAUAUGAAGCUCUACCAUCAACAUAUGGCCUCUACCAUAACAUGGCAGCGGGCGCGUUCGCUGGAAUUGCGGAACACACCGUCAUGUACCCAGUCGAUCUUAUGAAGACUCGAAUACAAGUCAUCAAUCCUGCCUCAGGCGGCCUCUACACCGGCAUUUCAAAUGCCUUUUCCACAAUCUACCGAAUGGAGGGCUUGCGGACAUUAUGGAGAGGCGUCAGCAGUGUCGUAGUCGGAGCCGGUCCUGCUCACGCUGUCUACUUCGGUACCUAUGAGGUGGUGAAAGAGGCAAUGGGCGCAAAUUCUACAGACGGCACACAUCACCCCCUCGCCGCAGCGGCCUCAGGAGCUGCUGCAACAAUCACCAGCGACGCUCUCAUGAACCCAUUUGACGUGAUCAAGCAACGAAUGCAAGUACACGGCUCGACAUACCGAAGCAUAACAGAAUGCGCAGCUCAAGUAUUCCGAAGAGAAGGCCUAGCAGCUUUCUACGUCUCUUACCCGACCACCUUAUGCAUGACAGUCCCCUUCACAGCUACACAAUUCAUGGCCUACGAAUCAAUAUCGACAAUGAUGAACCCGCGCAAAGAAUACAACCCAAUGACGCACUGCGUAGCUGGUGGUCUCGCCGGAGCUUUCGCUGCUGGCAUCACGACACCUCUCGAUGUCAUCAAGACGCUUCUGCAGACCCGCGGCGUAAGCCAACAAGCCGAAAUCAGAAACGUACGAGGACUUUGGCACGCUGCACAGAUCAUUAAGGGCCAGUUCGGCUGGAGUGGAUUCAUGAGGGGCUGGCGGCCGAGGAUCAUCACUACUAUGCCGAGUACUGCGAUUUGUUGGUAA